AAUAAACUAAAAUGCGUUUUAAAGAGAGAGUGUAUUUAAUAAAUCAGCAUCUUACCAGAAAAGGCAGUGAAAGGAAUCUGCUAGCCUGCCUUCUGAGGGGAGGGAGACUGACUCCUGUUAUCCUAAAAUCUGGGGACAGGUUGUCAUGGAUUCCUGGAUUGUCGCUUGCCAUCACAUUCAUAAGUGUGACGAAGGGCCAUUCUUCUGCGAGUCAUGGGAAAUGAAACAUCGUAUGUCUUGAGACUCCCAGGGGCAAGAUCACAUCUCUGGGAAAAGUGGGAGGUCUCGCGAAACCUGGGGAUGGCGAAAGGCAAUUUCUAGCGAAAUAUGCUAAAAGGUGUCGGGCUCCGCGGAGUGCUAAAUUAGAGAAAGCUGUUACUUAUAUAACUUCCUGUAAUUGCCUACCGUAGCUGCAGCCGAGCUGAGCCCAGCGGCCCUUCCCUCCUUUCACGCUGGGCUUCGGGCGUGGAGCCAGUCCUUUGCACUGAAGCUGAAAUGCCAUUUUAAACAGAAGACUCCAUCCUGUUUUUUUGAAGAUGGGGAAUUCUUACGCCGGACAGCUGAAGACGACACGCUUCGAGGAGGUCUUGCACAACUCCAUCGAGGCGUCCCUACGGUCCAACAACCUGGUUCCCAGGCCCAUCUUCUCGCAGCUGUACCUGGAAGCCGAGCAGCACCUCGCCUCUCUGGAAGGUGGCAGCCGAGUGGACAAUGAGGAAGAGGAGGAGGAGGGCGAAGGAGGGCUGGAGCCCAACAGUCUCCCAAACCCCUACCAGCUGCACCCUCCCCCGGAAGGAUGCUGCACCACAGAUGGAUUCUGCCAGGCCGGGAAGGACCUGCGCCUUGUCUCCGUUUCCAACGAGCCCAUCGAUGUCCCUGCUGGCUUCCUCCUCGUGGGCGCCAAGUCCCCCAGCCUGCCGGACCACCUCCUGGUGUGCGCCGUGGACAAGAGGUUCUUGCCAGAUGACAACGGCCACAACGCGCUGCUCGGCUUCUCGGGGAACUGCGUGGGCUGUGGGAAGAAAGGCUUCUGUUACUUCACGGAAUUCUCCAACCACAUCAAUCUGAAGCUGACCACCCAGCCCAAGAAGCAGAAGCACUUGAAGUAUUACCUGGUCCGGAAUGCACAAGGGACUCUCACCAGGGGACCGCUGAUCUGUUGGAGAGGCUCAGACUUCCGAAGCCGGCAGACCUCCGCCAGCUCCUGUUCCAGCUCUCUCUUCCCGCCACUGGAAGGCCCAGGGCCCCUGGCCACCUUCCCCAGUGAGCCCACCCCGGGGGCCAACCCCGGCAUCCUGGUGGGAGCUCCACAGGGAGGAUCAGCCUCAGACCACCCCUCCCUUGCCGCAGCAGUGGGGCCAGCUGUCUUCAACGGCAAAGAGUCCCCCAAGCACCAGCCGCUGGCCAAGAACAACCUGUCGGCCCUGCCGCGACCCUCGGCCUUAGGCAUCUUGUCAAACGCCGGGCCCCCCAAAAAACGUCACAAAGGGUGGUCUCCAGAAUCUCCAUCAGCUGUGGAUGGUGGCUUCCCCCAGGGUGGUGGUGACAGAGCCAAGUAUGAAAGUGCAGGCCUGCCCUGUGUGCCCCAGGCUGCCUUGGUGGGACCGGCUUCAGUCACCUUUCCCAUUGUGGCCUCUGGAGAACCCGUGUCCGUCCCCGACAACUUGCUGAAAAUUUGCAAGGCCAAGCCAGUGAUAUUCAAAGGCCACGGGCACUUCCCCUACCUCUGCGGGAACCUGAGUGACGUGGUGGUCAGCCCGCUCCUGCAUGCCUGCUACCAGAACUCCCAGGCCAGCUCCAGGGCCUACGAGCGGCUCGGCGCCUCUGCCGUCCAGCCCAUCUCCGAGGAGAUGCAGCUGCUGCUCACCGUCUACUACCUGGUCCAGCUGGCGGCGGACCAGGUGCCGCUGAUGGAGGACCUGGAACAGAUCUUCCUGCGCUCCUGGCGCGAGUCGCACCUGACCGAGAUCCGGCAGUACCAGCAGGCGCCGCCGCACCCUUACCCGCCCACGCCCAGCGCCGCGGUGCCGGUGACCUCAGCGCAGCUGCCCUGGCUGGCCGGCCUGGCCGCCAGCUCCUGCAACGACAGCGUGCACGUCAUCGAGUGUGCCUACUCGCUGGCCGAGGGCCUCUCCGAGAUGUUCCGGCUCCUGGUCGAGGGCAAGCUCGCCAAGACCAACUACGUGGUCAUCAUCUGCGCCUGCCGCAACGCUGCCAUCGACUCCUGCAUCGCCGUCACUGGAAAAUACCAGGCCCGGAUCCUUUCAGAGAGCCUUCUCACACCUGCAGAGUACCAGGAGGAAGUCCAUUAUGAGCUGGUUACCGGGAAAGUGGACUCCCUGGGGGCCUUCUUCAGUACUCUUUGUCCAGAGGGUGACAUUGACAUUUUGCUGGACAAAUUUCACCAGGAAAAUCAAGGCCAUAUUUCGUCUUCAGUCACUGCUACCUCCGUCACUAAGGCAGCUUCCCUGGAUGUCAACGGGCCACCAGUGUGCACAAGUUACAGCCUGGAGCCACAUGGCAUCCGGCCCUUCCAGCUGGCAGUGGCCCAGAAGCUCCUCUCCCAUGUGUGCUCGAUUGCGGAUUCCAGCACCCAAAACCUGGACUUGGGAUCAUUCGAGAAGGUGGACUUUCUCAUUUGCAUUCCACCCUCAGAAGUGGCUUACCAGCAGACUCUGUUCCGCGUCUGGCAUUCAGGGGUUUUGCUGGAGCUGGGCCUGGAAAAGGAGCAUAUGACCAAGCAGAGGGUGGAACAGUAUGUUUUGAAGCUAGACACGGAGGCACAGACAAAAUUUAAGGUCUUUCUGCAAAACUCCUUCCAGAAUCCACAUACGCUCUUUGUCCUAAUCCACGACCAUGCCCACUGGGAUCUUGUCAGUAGCGCGGUUCAUAAUCUCUAUUCUCAAAGUGACCCAUCUGUGGGACUGGUGGACAGAUUGCUCAACUGCAGGGAGGUGAAGGAGGCCCCCAACAUCGUGACUCUUCACGUGACUUCCUUCCCGUAUGCGCUGCAGACACAGCACACCCUCAUCAGCCCCUACAACGAGAUCCACUGGCCCGCCUCCUACAGUAACGGAGUGGACUUAUACCACGAAAGUAAGAAGUACUUUGGGCUGUCAGAGUUCAUCGAGGCCACACAGUCCGGACACAGCCUCCCCUUGCUCAGAUAUGACAGCUCCUUUGAGGCCAUGGUCACCGCGUUAGGAAAGAGGUUCCCGCGCCUGCACAGCUCGGUGAUCCGGACCUUCGUUCUCGUGCAGCACUACGCGGCCGCCAUGAUGGCCGUGAGCGGCCUGCCCCAGAUGAAGAACUACACAUCAGUGGAGACCCUGGAGAUCACGCAGAACCUCCUCAACUCCCCAAAGCAGUGCCCCUGUGGCCACGGGCUCAUGGUCCUGCUGCGGGUGCCCUGCUCGCCCCUGGCAGCUGUGGCCUACGAGCGACUGGCCCACGUGCGGGCGCGGCUGGCCCUGGAGGAGCACUUUGAGAUCAUCCUGGGCAACCCCAGCUCUGGCAUCACUGUGGGCAAGCACUUCGUGAAGCAGCUCAAGAUGUGGCAGAACAUUGACGACGCCGAGUGGAGACCUCAGACUUACUUGGAGCUGGAGGGUCUGCCCUGCAUCCUAAUCUUUAGCGGGCUCGACCCAUACGGGGAAUCCUUGCCAAGGUCUCUGAGGUACUGUGACCUGCGUCUGAUCAACUCCUCCUGCUUGGUGAGGACGGCCUUGGAGCAGGAGCUGGGCCUGGCCGCCUACUUUGUGAGCAGCGAGGCUCCCUUGGAGAAGGGUGCUCGGAACGAGGCCUUGGAGAGUGACGCGGAGAAGCUGAGCAGCACAGACAACGAGGACGAGGAGCUGGGGACAGAAGGCUCCAACUCAGAGAAGAGAAGCCCGGUGAAGCGGGAGAGGUCCUGUUCCCACGACUCGGCGUCCUCGUCCCUCUCCUCCAAAGCGUCUGGUAAGACUUUCCAAGUGGGAACGACCAGACAGCUGGCCUGUUCAAGUUCCUCGUCCUCGCCCUCCGCCGCCGUCGGCCUGGUCCUGCAGGGCUCCCAGUGCGCCCUGACCAAGGCCAGCCGCCAGCCGCCCGUCGUCUUCCUGCCCAAGCUGGCCUACGACAUGGUCAUGUCCACCGAUGGCAGCGGCCUGCCCAAGGCCGCCUCGCUGCUGCCCUCGCACUCCGUCACGUGGGCCGGCUCCUUCCGCCCGCUGCUCAGCAAGACCAUGACGUCCACCGAGAUCGGGAAGACUGGCGCCUACCUGCAGUUCCUCAGCAUUCUGUCCCGGAUGCUCAUUCGGCUGACAGAGGUGGAUGUUUAUGAUGAAGAGGAGAUCAACGUCAAUGUCCGAGAAGAAUCGGAUUGGCAUUAUGUCCAGGUCAGUGACCCCUGGCCAGACCUGGAGCUAUUCAAGAAGAUGCCUUUUGACUACAUCAUUCAUGACCCGAAGUACGAGGAUGCCAGUCUGAUCUGCUCACAUCAUCAGGGCAUCAAGAUUGAAGACAGAGGGAUGUCCCGGAAGCCAGAGGACCUUUUUGUACGACGUCAGACGGCACGGAUGCGACUGUCCCAGUACGCGGCGUACAACACGUACCACCACUGUGAGCAGUGCCACCAGUACAUGGGCUUCCACCCCCACUACCAGCUCUAUGAGUCCACCCUGCACGCCUUUGCCUUCUCUUACUCCAUGCUAGGAGAAGAGAUCCAGCUGCACUUCAUCAUCCCCAAGUCCAAGGAGCACCACUUCGUCUUCAGCCACCCUGGAGGCCAGCUGGAGAGUAUGCGGCUGCCCCUCGUCACGGACAAGAGUCAGGAAUAUAUAAAAAGCCCCACGUUCACGCCCACCACUGGCCGUCAUGAGCACGGACUCUUCAAUUUGUACCACGCGAUGGAUGGCGCCAGCCACCUGCACGUGCUGGUGGUCAAGGAGUACGAGAUGGCCGUGUACAAGAAGUACUGGCCCAACCACAUCAUGCUGGUGCUGCCAAGCAUCUUCAACAGCGCUGGAGUGGGCGCCGCCCACUUCCUCAUCAAAGAGCUGUCCUACCACAACCUGGAGCUCGAGCGGAACCGGCAGGAGGAGCUCGGGAUCAAGCCGCAGGACAUCUGGCCUUUCAUCGUGAUCUCGGACGACUCCUGUGUCAUGUGGAACGUGGUGGACGUUGACUGUGCUGGGGAGAGGAGCAGGGAGUUCUCCUGGUCAGAGAGGAAUGUGUCUCUGAAGCACAUCAUGCAGCACAUCGAGGCGUCCCCCGACAUCACGCACUACGCCCUGAUCGGCCUGCGGAAGUGGUCCAGCAAGACCCGCGGCAGUGAGGUGCGCGAGCCCUUCUCCCGCUGCCACGUGCACGACUUCGUCAUCCUGAAUGUGGACCUGACCCAGAACGUGCAGUACAAUCAGAACCGGUUCCUGUGUGAUGACGUGGACUUCAACCUGCGGGUGCACAGUGCCGGCCUCCUGCUGUGCCGCUUCAACCGCUUCAGCGUGAUGGAGCAGCAGAUCGCGGUGGGCGGGCACAGGUCUUUCCACAUCACGUCCAAGGUGUCUGACAGCUCCGUGGCCAUCCUGCCGGCCCAGUACAUCUGCGCCCCGGACAGCAAGCACACGUUCCUCGCCGCCCCUGCCCAGCUCCUGCUCGAGAAGUUCCUGCAGCACCACAGCCACCGCUUCUUCCCGCUGUCCCUGAGGAACCAUGCCCACCCCGUGCUCUCCGUCGACUGUUACCUUAACCUGGGGCCUCAGAUGUCUGUCUGUUACGUGAGCUCCCGGCCCCACUCUCUGAACAUCAGCUGCUCCGACCUGGUGUUCAGCGGCCUCCUGCUAUACCUCUGUGACUCCUUUGUGGGAGCCAGCUUCUUGAAAAAGUUCCACUUCCUGAAAGGUGCCACCUUGUGCGUCAUCUGUCAGGACCGGAACUCGCUCCGCCAGACGGUUGUCCGCCUGGAGCUGGAGGAUGAGUGGCAGUUCCGACUGCGUGACGAGUUCCAGACGGCCAACGCCAAGGAGGACCGGCCGCUCUUUUUUCUGACUGGGCGGCACAUCUGAGGGAGAUGGCCAGCAGCCAUUCUGGACGGAUGGAGGGUUCCAGACCCUCGGGCUGUAGAGGCUGGAGGGCGCCCUAGCACCACGUGGCCUUUGACCUGGAACAGCCAGAGACGGUGUUACUGGGCAGCCCCUUGUGGAACCAGCUGGGCCACCCAGGCCCAGAGGCGGAUGGCGACUGAGCUGGGGUGAGGAGGCUGUGUCGGGUGGGCAGGGUGAAAACCCAGCACCUGAGUUCUGGCUGGGCCUCGUUGCCCUGGGCAGUGCGAAGUGCAUUUUCUGAAGAACAGUGUUUUGCGCGGUGUCGUGUGUCUCAUAUGCUCCCAUGGACGGACUUGGCUUUCCUCUGAGUUCCAGAGUCUUGGAUUAUCAGAGAGCUGCUGGUGUCUCGGGACUGGCCGUGAUUCCGGCUAAUAGGUCCCCUUAACCUCCCACAGAGCAAUACCCCUGUAAAGGCUGGAGGCGAGACACAGGAGGCAGGGCAUUUUAUAAGGAUUAUCUGAUUGCCUACGGCUUUGUUCUACUAGAAGCUAGCCCAGAGGCGUCACGUCCAAUAAAACAAACCGCUUCACUUCCAAGCAGGUAUGAUUCUAUUAAAAUAGUAUAGGGUAAAUGCCCUACCUCUUAGGGCAAAAAUAAAGUUUUCUUUAAAAGAGUCUUAGGAAGGAAGUUAGGGUGACAGAGGUGGGCCUAAACUUUGCCUUAUAAAGGAAAGAGGACCAAAUUGCUUCCUGGAAACCAAGAAAUAAUAGAAACCACCCAAGUGAUUCAUAAAAGUAGCUGAUGAGAACUAGACCUAUGAUAUUUUCAGUUCCUUAAGUAGCUUGUUUUCUUUUAUGCACGUAUGAUUUCUUUAGAGAAUGUCUCACCUGGUCUCCCUGACCUGGAGAGACUGGGCACAGAGAGAAGGAAGCGGGGUAGCCCUCGUGCCCUCUGCUGCAGCCAGCCGCCAUGAUCUUUGAGCCAGUGUUUCACAGCGCCACCUGCAGGCCAGGCGUGGGCCAGGUGCUUUUACUGUCAACCCUGUUGGACCCUCCUCCUCAGUCUCCUGUGACUGGAGUUCUCUCCACUUGAGAGAUGUGCAGGGAGCGCCCCUCACCAAGGUCCCACAGCUGCAAAGAACUAAAGCACAACUCACUCCUGCUGUCUGGGUUCCUCACGGGCUCUCCCCCAGCCCACACUGGUUUUGAAGCUCCCCACAACCGAAGGGAGAGUUGAAAGAUACAUGGACGCAGUCGGCGGGGUGUGAUCUGCUCUCUCCAUCCCAGACGUGGACGAGCACGCACGUGCGUGGUUCACAACCCGGGAAGAACUGUUUGGAAAGACGAUGCCAAGAAGUUUGUUAAUCUCUUUUUACCCCUAAGAAAAGUCGUGUGUGAAAGAUUUGGAAUGUUUAUAAACUGAUCACUGUAUAUGUCAUCAUUCCUAUUCUGGAAAUAAAAACUGGCCUUCUGUAGUUAUAUAUUUGUCUUCUGUAAAUAGCACUUUCUGUGUCCUUUUCCCCUGUAGUUAAUUUAAACUUGGGGGGACAAAAACCUCAAAAUAUUCUUGUCUGUUCCAGUCUUAUCAAUAAAACCAAUAAUGCUUUUAUUGUCUGGUGCGUACUAAUUGCAUUAUUUUUGAGAACAUUUAUGGGACCAGUACUCUCUGUGGGUUUGUGCUUAAAGUCUCAUGGCAUGACAGGAGAGACAGUUUUAAAAAGGAAGUAAGAAUAAAAUGAUGAACCUGGGGACUAUUGAGCCAGCAGAUGGCGUGGUGGUUAAGGUGUUGGACUCC